AUGUGGAAGGGCACGGGUUUGGGGAUACUCAAAGUAGCCACGUCCCAGUGGAAACAGGAAAAAAAGACGCGCUCGGGGCCCGCCGUAAGGCAACUGUCCGCUGCCAACAGCAGCCAUCCCUGCAAGAGAUCCCCACUGGAUCAGCUGGCGGCUCUGGUCCUUCAUGGUCAAACCCGGCAACAUCAGAUUGGCCACGAGCACCGACAAGAUGCCCUUUGCUCCACCAAGCCGCAAAACUGUAAGCGCAUCGUAGUUCUUGGUGCGCCACGGGUGGGCAAGACUUCCAUCCUGAGAAGAUACCUUCGGGACGGAUUUGUGGAGGAUUACAGUCCCACCUCCGAGGAUUUCCUCAGGAAACUGUUUCGUAUCCGCGGGGAGACCUACCAAAUUGACAUCCUGGACGCGUCCAGGGAAAGGGAUUUUCCAGCCAAGCGGCGACUGUCUAUACUCACUGGAGACAUUUUUCUUCUCGUAUUCAGUCUAGAUGACCGGAGCUCUUUCGAAGAGGUGUGCGCCCUGCGAACGGAGAUCCUUGCUGCUAAAUCCAAACUCACCAAAUCCUCUGUGCCAGAGCAGUGCGCACAGCUGCAGGUUCCCUUGUUGGUCUGCGCCAACAAGGUGGAUCUCCUCGAGUCUGAGAGAGAAAUAUCAAAGGCAGAGGUGCUCCAAGCCCUCGGUGAUGACUGUGCCUAUUUUGAAACAUCUGCAAAGGACAGCACUAAUCUGGAGAAAGUCUUCGAGACUUUGGCAAAGCGAGGCGGUCUUCCGACUGAAACGGGUCCUUCUCAGCACCGCAAAGUCUCCCUUCGUUCUUACCAGGCGAUACGGACUGGCCGUGUGGCGGGGAGGGGGAGCCAGACGCCGGGGCGCGAAGAUCCAUGCGGCGCCCUGUACCCACUUGCACGUCGGCCGAGUUUUAGCACUGAUCUCCGAAAAGUCAUUGGACCAAAUACGGGAAGGAAGCCCGGCAAAGCACGGGAGAAAUGUCAGAUUCAAUAA